AUGGAAAGACUGGAUCGUAUGAUGGUAAAUUCUAUUUAUGUGAACUGCAAUCAGCAAAUGGUUGUAAAGCAUCUUCCCAUAAUUGCAUCUGAUCACUGUCCCAUCCUCCUUAAUACUUUAGAAUUUUCUUCUAAAGUUAAAAAAGCUAUCAGAUUUGAGGAUGUGUGGGCUUCUUACCCGGCUUCUUCCGUAGUGGUGGAAAAAGCAUGGAGGAAAAAAGAUUAUGGAUCACCAGCUAAAAUUCUUAAUUUCAAGCUAAAAAGUUCUCUUAAAUCCUUAUGCUAUUGGAGUAAGGCCAAGCACAAAGAUUUGAAUCAGUUGAAGGACUUGCGCAAAGAAGAAAUCCUUAUUCUACAAACUAAGGAAGCUAAAGUUGGAAUGCUUUCACUGGAUGUUUAUUAUCUGCUGAAAUUCAAAAUUAAUGAGCUCAACUCUACUUUGGCUCAGUUAAGCACGUGGUGGAGACAAUGA